UAAACAGGUUGGGGACCGCGAAGGGAGGCGCCCACCUUUACCGUCAAACUGCAGCAGCCUUGGCUCCGGAGAAGAGACCUGAGCAAGCGAUCACAAUAGAAGAACUGCAAGCGCCUGCUGGCAAAACCGGAGAAAGUGACACAUUGACCAGGGAAACAAACAUCAUUCCCCAAGAGAAAAGUGUGUCUGAAUGUGCUAUUCUCUCUGCCAAGGUCUUCGAAAUGAUGGCGGAGGUGCCGUGGUUCAGGAAUGAAGGAACAGAGAACAUUUUGGAUUUAGCCAGGGAAGCCUCUGAGGGCAUCGCAGAGAGAACCUGUGUUGAUAAAAAAGGCGAAAAGAGUGUCACAAGUCCACCAUACAUGCAGGUGCCCCUUGAGGAUGUCCAGGUUCGGUGUGGGGAAAUGGCCAAGUUCCAAGCCAUCAUUGAAGGCAAUCCUCAGCCAGUUGUCGGGUGGUUCAAGGGAAUUUCCUUGUUGCUGGACAGCGAAAGGAUCUACCAGUCCAACGAAAGCACUAGCUACUCUCUGGUCCUCUACAACACUCGGGCCGAGGAUGGAGGAGUCUACGCUUGCAUGGCUAAAAACGCUGGAGGGGAGGUGGUCUGCAAAGCGGAGCUGGUGGUGCAGGAAGACAAGAAAAGUCAAGAGGCGAAGAAGCGAAGCCCACGAAGGAAACUUCAUUCUUUCUACGAGGUUAAACAGGAAAUAGGAAGGGGCUCCUUCAGCAUUCUCAAGAGAGUCAUCCAUAAAGCCAACCGUGUGGCUUGUGCAGCGAAAUUCAUCCCGCUGCGAAGUCGAACGAGAGAGCAGGCUUAUCGGGAAAGAGAUAUUCUAGUCCAACUUUCCCAUGAUCGAAUUACUCAACUGCUGGACCAGUUUGAAACACGGAAAACCUUAAUUCUUAUUUUGGAACUAUGUUCCAAUGAAGAUCUUCUGGACCGACUGUACAAGAAGAACAAGGUGACAGAAGCAGAGGUCAAAUUCUACAUCAAGCAACUUCUAGAAGGCAUCCUGUAUCUUCACAGCAAUGAAAUAUUACAUUUGGACAUCAAGGUAACUUUUAUGAAAAUUGGAAGCUUGCACCUAUCUAAUGUCUAGUCCCAUUUUAGGCAUGAAAGCCAGCGGGCUGACUUUGGGCCAAUCACCAGGAGACAUUGAGUUCUAGCCCUGCCUUAGGUAUGAAAGCCACUGGAUGGUUUUAGGCCAAUCAUCAAGAGAUGUUGAGUUCUAGUUCUGCCCUAGGUGUGA